AUGCAUUCUAGUAAGAUUAUUGUCAUCACAGGCGCCAACACCGGCAUCGGGCUGGAAACAGUCAAAUCCCUAUUGCGAUCCAGUCAGAAAUACCACAUCCUGCUCGGUGGUCGCAAUCUUGAAAAAGUCCAACUGGCAUGCCAAAGCCUUAGUUCGGAGACACCGGAAAGCUCUGUCGAGCCGUUCCAGGUGGACGUUGGAAGCGACGAGUCGAUUGAGGCAGCUUUUAAGCAUAUCUCGGCCAAAUACGAUCGGAUCGAUUGUCUGAUCAACAAUGCCGGCGCAUGUUUUGAUGCCCACAUCGCGGACGGCCGCAUGACAGCCCGAGAGGCGUGGAAUAAAACAUGGGAUGUGAAUGUGACUGGGGCCCAUAUCAUGACUACGACUUUCCUUCCACUGUUGCUCAAGUCACAGGAUCCUAGACUGUUGUUUAUCACGAGUGGGCUUUCCUCAUUGCAGGGCUCUUCAGAUCCUAAGAACCCGAAGAACGUUUUCCCACCGGCGGGACUUCCGAAACCACUCCCGUUUGUCGGGUAUCGGUCCUCGAAGGCAGGCCUUAACAUGGUGAUGGUGGAGUGGGCGAAGGCACUGGAGAAUGACGGGGUGAAGGUGUGGUCUGUCGCUCCUGGCCUUUUGGCUACUGGGUUAGGGGGUAAUACGGAGCUGUUGAAGAGGCUGGGGGCACAGGAUCCUAGGAUCGGGGGUGAUACUAUCCGACGGGUAGUUGAGGGAGAAAGAGAUGGUGAGGCUGGGAAGGUGGUGCGCGAAUACUUGACACCGAUUCAGCCAUGGUGA